GGAAGCCCCUGGCGUUAUUGCGUUGGAGACGCCAUUGUUGUGGCGGAGAGGUGGUGUUGGUUUGAAACUGCGGGACUUGCUUCAGACUUGGCAUUAAUGCGCCGCCCCUGUGUAGCAGUUUAGUACUUGAAUGGUUAUUUUUUUUUUAAGUGUUGGCUAUGCGAGGUGUAGUGAUGGGUGAGCGUUAGGGUGCUGCAGUACGAAGAUGUGUCUGAGAGACGCUGACGGGCCUCUCGAUUGGAGCUGAGCCUAGGAACCACCCGCCAGGAAGUCGGCCUGUCUAGUGUGCCGUCCAUUUGGAGCGCGGAUUCUUGCGUUCCUGUAUCACAUCCAGCUCCCCAUUCCUCCCACCCCCCUCCCCACCCCCACCCCCACCCCCCUUUAUUUCCUAUUUGUCCCCUCAGUCUUUCGGACAAUAGGCCAUGGAUUCCACUUGCUCCUGAGUUACGCUUGCCGAGGAAAAAGAGGCGCACCUCUGGUGGUACUAGAUCCUUGUGUGUGUUAUGUGUUGUUGUUCCCUCUUUUACUUUACCAUUAAUACGAGUGACUUUUUUCGUUUAAAACAAACCCUCCCAAUCUUAAAAGGAGACGAUACUUAGAGAUGCCCCUGAAGACAGUGUCUGUGGGUGAGAAACGAAGCUAGGCACAAUCGUUGCAACAGGAUUUUCCGAAUGAAACCAAGACUCAAACGUGGAUCUGAUUUUCUUAGUUUAAAAAAAAACUGCGCCGAGAUCUACUGCAUUGCGGCUUUGUAAUAAAAAGGAAGAGGGAAAAUAAACUGAAUAUUUUUGAACACUUUACCUUGGGAAAUAAAUCCUUUGGACUUCGUACAAUUUCUUGGACAUUUAAACUAUACCAUUGACUUUUGAACUAUCGGUUUAUUAGUGAGUAAAGCAGCUAGUAUUUAAUUUUGUGCAAUGUGCAUUUGAAAGAAAGCCAGUUAUUUCCUGACUUUACCAUCCAGUAUAGUGUUUUUUAUAAAUUGCUUUAAUACAACAAAGUCUAAAAUACUUGAAUUUCAGAUAUUAAAUUGUGCAAAAGAGGAUUUUUUUUUUUGUUUUUGUGUUUUGCAGUGGUAAAAGGGUAAAACUUUUUUGUGGGUAAGGCUUGUCCCAUUUAAAAAAAAACAAAAAUGUCGUGUGUACAUUACAAAUUUUCUUCUAAACUGAACUAUGACACGGUCACUUUCGAUGGGCUUCAUAUUUCUUUGAGUGAUCUAAAGAAGACCAUCAUGGCCAGAGAGAAGCUGAAGGCGGCAGACUGCGAUUUACAGAUCACCAACGCACAGACUAAGGAAGAAUACACGGAUGAUAAUGCUUUAAUCCCGAAGAAUUCAUCUGUCAUUAUAAAAAGAAUUCCUAUUGGAGGUGUGAAAUCUGCAGGCAAAACAUUUGUCAUAGAUCGUUCUGAACCAGCAAGUGGAACAUCGAAAGCAAUUGAUGACUCUGGAACAUCUAUCUCUCUGGCCCAGCUUACAAAGACGGCCAAUCUGGCUGAAGCUAACGCCUCAGAGGAAGAUAAAAUUAAGGCAAUGAUGACUCAGUCUGGCCAAGAAUAUGAUCCAGUCAAUUACAUGAAGAAACCUUUGGGUCCUCCUCCUCCAACUUAUACUUGUUUUCGUUGUGGAAAACCUGGCCAUUACAUUAAAAACUGCCCAACAAAUGGGGACAAAAAUUUUGAAGCUGUGCCAAGGAUUAAGAAAAGCACAGGGAUUCCCCGCAGUUUUAUGGUAGAAGUUGAUGACCCAAACAUGAAGGGUGCAAUGCUCACCAAUACUGGGAAAUACGCUAUACCCACAAUUGAUGCAGAAGCAUAUGCACAGGGCAAGAAGGAAAAGCCACCAUUCUUGCCUGAGGAGCCCUCAUCAUCAUCAGAAGAGGAAGAUCCAAUCCCUGAUGAACUGUUGUGCCUUAUCUGCAAGGAUCUUAUGAUGGAUGCUGUUGUCAUACCAUGCUGUGGGAACAGUUAUUGUGAUGAUUGUAUUAGAACAUCACUACUGGAGUCUGAGGAACACACCUGCCCAACUUGCCACCAGACAGAUGUUUCUCCUGAUGCUUUGAUUGCAAACAAAUUUUUAAGACAGGCUGUUAACAACUUCAAAAAUGAAACUGGUUACACAAAAAGAACUCGCAAGCAACAGCAGACUCAGCAGCAGCGACAAGUUCCAUCUCAUCAAAUGCAUAAUCAACAGUCUGCUCUGAGGCCAUUACCCCAGCUCAACCCUCAGCCUGUUCUCCCUGUAAACAGAGUAGCCAUCUCAAAGCCACCCGACAUGCCAGUCAACACCACUACUCCGACUGGCCACACAUCUGCCCCAGCUUCCCUUCCAAGUGCAGCCCCUGCCCCAGUACGUGCUCCUUCCCCUGUGAAAACUGUUAGAGCUCCCUCCACUGCCAACGACACUGCUCCAGAUUUGUCAACAGCUGCAGUUCAUGUUCAUCAUCUACCUCCAAAGCACGAAGAAGGGGAUAUUCUUGAACUCAGCAAAACUGUUGUAGUUACUGCCACUACUGGAAUAACCACUAGCAGCCCAUCUAUGUCCACAAGCAGUACUUCUUCAUUGAAGGGUUAUCAGGUUCCUGUUCUUGGUCAUCCUGCUUCACAUGGACAGUCCAUACCCACAACAGGUCAGCCAAUGAGGACCGGUGGGGUACGACCACCAGGAAACAGACCUGGCUGGGAAGUGCCACCUAACAGAGGACAUCAGCAGGGUGAUCGUGUUCCAAGGAACCGAACACAGGCAACAAACCCCCCACCAGUGUAUGUGCACCCCCCAGCCUUGUAUCCUCCACCACCUCACCCUGUCCCUCUUCCUCCAGGAGUGCCUCCCCCUCAGUUUCCUCCACAGUUUCCUCCUGGCCAACCCCCACCCACGGGAUUUAGCAUCCCACCUCCAGGAUUCCCUCCAGCUCCUGCCACAAUUUCUGCCCCAUGGGUACCUCCUGCCACCCCAGCGGCUCCUGCCAGUGUAAUACCAACAGUUACACAAGCACCUCCGCUGUCCAGGGAGGAGUUCUACAGGGAGCAGCGACGCCUAAAAGAGGAGGAGAAGAAAAAGUCGAAGCUUGAUGAGUUUACCAAUGAUUUCGCUAAAGAGUUAAUGGAGUAUAGAAAAAUCCAAAAGGAACGCAGACGCUCCUACUCCAGGUCCAGGUCACGUUCAUAUAGUGGAUCAUCGUUCAGUGGAAGCUCUUACUCUUAUUCCAAGUCCAGAUCUCAUUCCUCACGAUCUUAUUCUCGGUCAGUCAGUCGAUCCCCAAGUCGUUCCUAUUCAAGAUCUCCUUCGUAUCGAAGAGGUAGUGGGAAGAGUCGAGUUUAUCGAUCCAGAUCACGGUCUCGUGGGUUCCACAGGUCCAGAUCCAGGUCACCAUCCUACAGGAGCUAUCGCUCCCGUUCCCGAUCUCCGAAUUACAAAACCCAUUCUCCUUACAAACGAAGUGCCCCACAGGGUGAAAAUGAUCGUGAGUAUUAUGAUCGCUACAGAGAACCGCCACCUCCGUUCGACUACAGAGAACUUUAUGAUAGGCCUCGUGAUCCAAGAGACUCUUACGAGAGGGAGCGGUACAGAGAGUGGGAAAGACGAUGCAGAGCGUGGUACGAAUAUUAUAAGGGCUACAGCAGUGGUAAUCAGCCACGACCUCGGUCUCCCUCAAAUAAGGACCACUUCUCUCCAGAACGCUUUGGCACAGCUGGUGCCAGGCGCGACAGUUCACCUCACAGCCGAGGCCGUCGGGAUGAUUAUCCAGCAGAACAGGCUUCCCGGAGUCGUAAUGUGGCUAGUGCUGGUAAUUAUCCAGAAAAAUAUCCCUACAAAGAGAGUCACGCUGCGAAAGAACAGGGGGGGUCAAAGGAAAAAGAAGCACAAAAUCUUCGUCCUGAGUCUAAAGGAACGAAGCAUAAAAAACACAGGAAGAAGAAAAAAGAUGAAACCGAGAUGGUCACUAACCCAGAAUCUUCUCAGGACGGGAAGAAGACUGGGGAGAUUGCAGGUGAUGAAGGGAAAGGGUCCACCGUGUUUCUGCCCCUCAGCAGGGAUGAUGCGACACCUGUGAGAGAUGAGCCCAUGGAAGGAGACUCGGUUCCUUACAAAUCCACAUCUGACAAGGACAGAAAGGAAAAGUCGAAAGCAAAAGGUGAAAAGUUGAAACGCAAAGCAGAGAGUGGCACGCCCAAGAAAGAAUCCUCAGGGAAAACAGCAAAAGCACCUCAAGAAAAGCUCAUAGAGAGGGAAAGGGAUAAAUCCCCUUACAGUGAGUCCAGCACAAAGAAAGCAAGGGAGGAAUGUCCUCCCAAGGUAGAGGGGGCAAAAAUCCAUCUGCUGCCAAAAAGCGAGAAGUUCUUCCUGCCCAGGAAGGUGCAGCUUAAAAUGGGACGUGAAUACCAGGAGAUGAAGAUUGCAAAAGAGGAAAAGCAAAGAAAGGAUUACCCUAGGGACGAGACCAAACACGAGAAACAUGAAAAAGCAGUCAACAGGGAAGACAAAUCAAAAAAGGCAGUUAAAGCAGAUGAAAAGCCAAGUAAAGCAGAGGUAAAAGCUGACAAGCGUAAAAGAAAAACUGACGAAAAAGUGACAGAGCGGGAACUUGGAACACCUCCAACUAAAUCAUCAAAAGUAGACACACCAGAGGCAUCAAAACCUUCAGUGAAAGGCAAAUUCAACUCUGGCACUGAGAAAUCAACAGAAAAACAUAUGGACCUGCCUACUGAAGAGGAGAAGGUCACUCCAGCAAAUGUGCCAGUGAGGAAGAUCAAAAUAAACCGGGAGAGUGGCAAAAAGAUAGUGAGCGGGGAGUCCCCAGCUGCACUUGAAGAGCCUACGGAGUUAGCGGAAAUGAACGGCGGGAAAUCCAAACCUGAGAAAGUGAGAACAAAGACGAGAAGGAAAGUGGCUGGGGGCGAAGCGGCUGGUUCAACUCUUGUGGAUUACACAAGUACCAGUUCUGCUGGAGGGAGCCCCAUUAGGAAAGCAGAAGAGAAAAUGGAUGCAAAGAAGACAGUGAUCAAAACUAUGGAGGAGUAUAAUAGCGAUACUAGACCCCCAGCUGAAGAUGAAAUUGUCAUUGUGCAAGUUCCUCGUUCCAAGUGGGAGAAGGAGGAUUAUGAAACUGAUGAAGAUGAAGGGAAGACAGCAGCAGCUGCUGCAUUAACUGUUGGGAAAGCUGCCAGCUCUGGACCGGGUGCCAGUGUGAAGUCUGUAAACCCAACAAAGCAAACCGAUAAAGAGGCUGGUCCUACCGAGAGAGCCCCAAAAACUGCUAAAGAACCAAACCUUGAUGAGGUUCAGCAGGAACCCAAAGCACCUGCAAAAAUCUCAACUCUAAGUGAGAAAGGUUUGAAGACCAAAGAUAGGGAGCAUGUAUCAGACAAGGAGACUGCAGACAAGAAGAAAGUUCUGGUUCAGCCCGACAAGCCAGCAGUUGCAGAGCGGGAUAUCGAGUCAGCAAUUGGUAGAAACUCUCUUCAAUUUUCAAAAGAACGAGUAGUUGAGAAGUUAGAGCCAGGCAGUAGAGGAGCUUCAAACAAAGACACAGUUCCUUGUGUUGAUGGGAAGGUGGAAAGUGUUGACAGGCAAAUUCCGAUAUCCAAGCGCAGAGAGGAACGAAGCAAAGAUAUUAGGAGACGCGAUUCUCCCAGUAUGUGUGAAGAGCUGACACACAGUCAAAAAGGCAAGGAGCAACAGACAGAUAGCAGGAAAGGUAGUACUGAGCCCAAGAAAAAUGACCAAAGUCCUGGGAAAGACAGGAAGCCACAGGCAGAUCACAGGAGUGGGUCAGAGUCUAGAAGUGCCAUUGAAGAACCAAAAUCAACCAUUUCCAGCCGAGAGAAGGAGAAACGCACGUUGGAAAUGAGGAGCAAUAAGGACAGGCUAGUGAGUGGGAAUAAGGUUUCUCACCGGACUGAAAUAUCAGCUGAAAAGAGCGAUCAAGAGCAUUCUCUUGGGCGGGGUGACAAAGACCACAGUCGGAACAAACCCCCAGGGCCUGUCAGUCGCUCUGCUCGGCAUUCUCGACACUCCCUGGACCUGGCCAGAGAAACUGAUGAGGCAGCCUUUGAACCUGACUAUAGUGAGAGUGAGAGUGAGGAGGAGCAUGCACUGAGGGAGGGAAGGGAGGCAAAAGAAAUCUUGGACCAAUCUAGAGAGGUCAAGGUGGGCUCCAGAAACAGCAACGCUAAAAGUCACAUCCAAAACAGCUUGAGCCCCAUUUGCAGUCGGAGUCACAGCCCAAGUGAGAGCCAGACUCGCAGCCGCAGUAGCAGUGUCAGCUCGGAGGACACUCAGGACAGCAAGAAGAAAAAGAAGAAAAAGGAGAAAAAGAAACAUAAAAAACACAAGAAGCACAAAAAGCACAAGAAACACUUGGGCAUUGAAUCUGAACUUGACAAAACACAGAAACACAAACAUAAAAAGAAAAAGUCUAAAAAAAGCAAGGACAAAGAGAAGGACAAGGACAGCGACCAGAAGGUCCGAUCAUCUGUCAUCUUACGAACAGCAGAAACUGAUUAGAUGGGGUGGCUGGAAUGUUUGAUCAGAUCCUGUAAUAAAUACAUUAGAAGCUUUGUAAAUAUUCACUCGGACAUUGCUAUUCUGCGCUGAGUCUACUGCAACUUCAAAGAUUUUGUUUUCUGUAAUAUUGAAGGUUUAUAAAUUAGUUUUUGUACAGAAUUAUGUUUGACCAUGGGUAUGGGCAGAUUAUGCUGCAGCAUUUUUAAGUAAACUAUCAGACUACACUGGGAACUACUGUGAAAAUUUUUCACUAAACUUUUUUUUAUAGCUGUGUAUACAAGCUGACAGUGUAAUUAAUGUAAAUGUUUUGCCUGAUGAUUUGCAGUAUAAAGUAAAAGCCUCACUGUGUCAUCUUUUGACUGAAUAAAUUUUCAUUGAAUUCA